AUGAUGUUCCCUGUCAAGCUUUCCAUAUUUGGCUUCAUAUUGUACUCUUUGCGAUAUCCCGACAACGCGAAUGAAUCCGGCACAUCAUGGAACCAUACGACCGAGCAAAAUGACACUGUCGGUGUCAGGAUUAGUAGAUUACUGACGGUUGAAUUGGAUAUGCAAGCACCACCACCCAAUAAUACACUACUGCGCAGUCCUGGUAAGGGUCAUGAUAAAAAGCUCGCAUCGGGCCAGAAGCCAGGAAAGUCCGGUAAACCCACAUCGAAGGUUGGUGAAGAAGGGUCGUUGCCGCAGUCACCACAGAAUAAGGCAAAAACUGAAAAGAAGGACAGGAAGCAUGGAGGCAAUGCGGUGAAGACUGCAACGGAUAAGCAAACACCAGAACAGAAUAAACCUCCCGUUAACCCAAGUGGAGUCCCCGUGAAAACCACGGCGCAAGAUGGGAAGUCCGGAAAACCAGAAGCUAAGGUUGGAUCCGAGGGGAUAUUAGUAGCUUCAGAAAAGACGGCACAAAUUACAGAAACGAGCGAGCAAACUAGGGGACUUUGUAGUACACUAGCGCGAACUAUAUGUAGGAAUAAAUGGUGGAUCCCCGCUACAUUGGCCGUUUUUGGUUUCUACAUAGUACUGUUGUAUGUAGCCUCGCGAUAUGAUAACGCACAAUACAUUUUGCCUUCGGUCCUUGGAGUCACGGGGAGCAUAGGACUCAUGCUGGUGAUCAUGCUAAUUCGUUUCUACUACCGAAGGGGGAAAGCAAAAGUGCCAAAGAAAGCUCUAAAGGACAAAAUUACAUCAGAGGGAGAGCAGAAGCGUGCAGUACCCAAGAAACCAAAUGUACCUAAGAAACCAGAGGUAUCUGAGAAACCUGAAGCACCUAAGACACCGGAAGCACCUGAGAAACCCGAAACACAUAAGAAACCAGAGACACCCGAGAACCAGCACGCACCUAAACAGGACGGAGAAUCGGAGACACCGCAAGCACUUUGA